CAACAAUAAAGCAAGCAAGAACGACAUAGUGCAUUGUGGGUAGCAAGCGCGAACAAGGAACGACAAGGAACAGAGCCACAACUCUUUGACAAAGUGAAAGAUCUGAAAUUCCAAACGAGAGGCUAAUCUUGUUCAUUCAAAGGCUUGAAGAAGUUGAGUGCACGUUUAUCUACCCAAAAUGUCUAUCGGCGUACCCAUAAAGGUUCUGCAUGAAGCGGAGGGACACAUUGUCACUUGCGAAACCAACAGUGGGGAGGUGUACAGAGGAAAGUUGGUGGAAGCGGAGGACAACAUGAACUGCCAGAUGGCCAACCUCACCGUGACCUACCGAGAUGGCAGAGUGUCUCAGCUUGAACAGGUAUACAUUCGUGGCAGCAAAAUCCGCUUCCUCAUUCUGCCGGACAUGUUGAAGAACGCACCCAUGUUGAAGAGCAUGAAAAACAAGAAUCAAGCAGCUGGAGCUGGCAGAGGGAAAGCUGCCAUCCUCAAAGCGCAAGUGGCAGCAAGAGGCCGUGGAAGAGGAGGUGGUGGCCGAGGGAAUAUCUUCCAAAAGAGGCGAUGAUUCCAUUUUGUGUGUUCCGUUUCUUUCUUUUU